UUCACACAGCUCAGACCUGAAUUUGUCAUAGUUGAAGCUGAAGCUAUGUCUCCACAAAGCACAUCUGUGGCUGUUUUGAUUGGGACCAUAGUCAUCGUGUCCCUAAUGAGACCGGACUGCACGGCUAUUAGGGAAAAUAACGAAGGAUUCAAACUAUGCGUCACGUCAAUGCGAGGUGUCAAAGACCUCUCACAUCAAAAUAUCACCAGUGUUCCAUCAAGUCUUUCCAACGAAACACAGUAUUUGGACAUCUCCUACAACGCCAUCCAAACGCUGGAAGGAACUGAGUUUUCUGGACUAUCCCAGCUUUGUUUUUUGAAAGCAGCUCACUGUGGUCUUCGGGAGAUUUCAGCCACAGUGUUUACCCACACACCAGCACUCAAAAUUCUCAACAUAUCUAACAAUGACUUACCUUUCAUCCCUGACAUUUCCUUGAAACAGCUGAAAAUUCUUGAUCUGGCCAACAAUUUGUAUACCAGCUAUGAAUUACCGGCAUGCUUUCAGAACUUUACAAAGCUAGACUUCCUGUCACUGGGUAGUCCAGCUGCUCUGUCAGUGAGCUACGGUGACUUUGAUGCCCUGAUGAAUGUUUCUGUUCAGCAUCUGGCUUUGGGAGCAGGAACUCACUGGCAAAAGUAUGAAUCUGGUUCUCUUGCAAAAAUCAAGUCUCUCAAAAAACUGUCCCUUUUUGCAUCUUUUUGUGGAACCUUUGGAAUGUUUGAGAACCUCCUUGUGGACUUGAAUGUGACACAAGCAAAAAUGUUGCGAUUCAUCUCUCUAUUUCCAGACAGCUGCAAUGUGAGCGACAACCCCUUUAAGAACCUGAGAACAAUGCCUUUUAUACAGAAUCUCACCUUAGAAAACACCUGGAUAAACAGCACGUUUAUGGUGGUGUUUAUGAAGAACGUGUGGCUUUCCCCUCUCCAUGAGCUCUCAUUUGUCAACAUCACUUACAAUGAGGAUACACCAGAUGGCUUUCAUUUACCAACCAUUAAUCACACAAUCAAUCUUUCCUCAGUUAUCUUUAAUGGUGUGAAUCAUUAUCAAUACAGAUAUCCCACGAUAAACAUGAGCUUUGAGGCCUUCUCCAGACUGACCUAUUUAAAGUUCUCUGGGACUGGAAUGAAUAUUUUACCCUGCAGAGUCAUGACUGCCCUGCCAUCACUGGAGAUUCUUGAUCUGUCAGAUAACCUGCUGACAGAGUCGGGCUUUUGGUGGACUCCGUGUUCACACAGCUCUGUUUUUCCUAAACUGCGGAAGCUGUCUUUAAGCAGGAACCGCUUCAGCAGUCUUUCCUUUAUCUCUCAGAAGACACAUCAGAUGAACACACUAGAGUCUCUGGAUCUCAGCUUCAACUCCAUCCACUUGGAUGGGGAAUGCUAUUGGCCUGCUCAGCUGACUGAGCUUAGCCUUGGAAACAACAACCUGGGCAACAGUGUCUUUGCAUAUCUGUCAUCAGACUUUGAGAAGAUUGACUUGUCAAAGACAGGAAUAACGUCCAUAAUGCAAAAGGAUCUGACUCGCUUUUCCAAGCUGACACAUCUUACACUUAGCUCCAACAGCAUCCAGGUUAUCCCGGUAGAUCUUAGUGUCCCAGCUCUGCUAAGUCUUCACAUAGACCAGAAUGCUAUCACAUCUAUAUCGAGAGAGGUCUUGGCAGGGCUUCCCAGGCUUCAGAAACUCAAAGCUGGAGGCAAUCCGUUUGUCUGCUCAUGUGACUCCUAUUGGUUCAUCACUGCUUUCAACAAUUCUUUGAUAGUGGACUGGCCCUUAGAUUAUACAUGUAACACACCACUGUCAUUUGCAGGUUUGCCAUUGUCAGAGUACAAACCCAGUAAGCUGUCGUGUGAGAUGUGGCUUCAAGCUGCAGUUGCGCUGCCCGUGCUAAUAGUUAUAUCUGCAGCCGUAGGUCUGGCUUUUCAUAAAUGUGAUGGAGCAUGGUAUACAAAGAUGUUAUGGGUCUGGAUCAGGAUGAAAAGGAGAGGCAAGAAACGUUCCAAUAUUUUGAACAAUGCAUCAUUUAGUUAUCAUGCGUUCAUUUCCUACAGUAAUCAAGAUUCUGACUGGGUGGACACCCACCUGGUUCCCACUUUGGAAGGUGCUGGAUUUUCCCUAUGUGUCCAUGAGAGAGACUUUGUCCCUGGAGAGUGGAUCAUAGACAACAUCAUCAACUGUGUUGAGUCCAGCUACAAGACGCUGUUUGUCCUCUCCAAACACUUUGUGCAAAGCGAAUGGUGCAACUACGAGCUCUUCUUCGCUCAGCACCGAGCCAUCAGUGUCCAUCGGGACUCACUGGUCUUCAUAUUAUUGGAGCCCAUUCCGACAAACUCUCUUCCCAAGAAGUAUUUGAGACUCCGGAGUUUGCUGAGGCAGCAGACAUACCUUGAGUGGCCAAAAGAUGACAGGAAGCAGCAGACUUUCUGGGCAAGCCUUAAAUCCACACUGCAUAUUGCAGACAAAUCUGUUGUUCUGAAAGACAUUGCAGUGGCCAUUUCAGAUACAGUACCUCUGGUUGCAGACCAAAUGUAAGUCGGGAAACAAUUUUAUUCAAGCGUAAAAUUUGCACAUAUUAAUGUGCACAAUGAAACAGGUUUGAGUUGAUGAUAAAAAAUGAUAUUUGUCAAUGAAAAAUAAAAACAAACCAUUGUAAAUAUAAUCAAUAACUGGUCAAUAUUAAAUAUGAAAUAUUUCAGUAUUUCAAUGAUCCAGUGUAUUUCGCCUACAGAGAAAUGUGGUGUCUGUUUUGAUGUGGCUUUGGCUUUGUGUCUCCAUCUACUGUUUUUAAUGACACUUUGCAACACAUAGCAAGGAAUGAUGUUGCUGUACAGCACAGGUGACAUAUUUGUCCACAUAGCACCAAAUCACUAUGUCAGUCAUCUCAAGAUGGUUUGUAUUGUAAAGUAGAGACAUCACAAUAAUACAGAGAAAACCCCAACAAUUGGUGACAGUGGGAAGGAAAAACUCCCUUUUAACAGGAAGAACCCUUUAGCAAAAACAGGCUCUGGGAGGGGCAAAUAUCUGGGUUAGGAGAGGAAGACAGGACAAAGACACAGUGUGAAAGAGAGGCAGAGAUUAAUAAUAACAAAUGAUUAAAGGCAGAGAGAGAUAAACACAGAGUGAGUGAAAAAGAAAUGAGGCCUAUUUCCGUGUCAUGUCUUUGCUCUCAGUUUAUGUUGGCAGUCGUUGUUCAUCAGUGCCAUUGUACAAACUGCAGAAACGACUCUGAUCACAAUGACUUUAGAAGACUGAAUUUUGUCUGUGUGAAUAAAUAUAUGUUAUUUACACUUUUUGAUUGGUUAUAUAAUGCUAGGUACAACUGCUAUGUUAUCUAGUCACUAACUAGGUGUUUUAUAGAAACUGUCAUCAGUAGAUUAUUAUUUUAUCUUUUAUAUCUUUUAGUUAGUUUGUUUGUUAAAUAAACAUUUCAUUAAAAAUG